AUGCCGCUCUUGAAUCUACCAAAUGAACUCAUUCUGAUGAUAGCAGAAGGCCUCGAGGCAGAGUGUGAAAUUAAUGCCCUGGUUCAAACAAAUAGGCAUCUCUACGCCCUUCUCAACUUGUACCUUUAUCGUCUUAAUAUACAGCAAAACGGAAGCUCAGCGUUGCUUUGGGCGGCACAGCAUGGCCAAGACACGACAGCUAAAACCCUGAUAAACGAAAGAACUCGAGAAGAAAGAGUCAAGGGAAAAAGACCCUACGUCCGGACCGUGCCUGAAACCAAUCAGACACCUUUAUCGUUGGCCGCAGAGCAUGGACAUGAAUCUAUCGUCUCAAUGCUUAUUUCGCAAGACUCCGUCGACGUCAACUACGGAGAUUACCUUGGACGCACUCCUCUCUUCUGUGCCGCAAAAAAUGGACAUUCGACCAUUGUCCAGCUUCUUCUGAGCGCGAAAUGUGUUGAUGUUCAUAUAAGGUCAUACAAAUGUUUUCGUCCGUGCCCAGGCCAGACACCGCUCCUAGUGGCCGCGGAGUAUGGACAAGAUGCCGUCAUCAAAAUACUGCUUGACCGAGGUAUUGAUCCCACUGAAAAGGACUCUGACGGAUAUACACCACUAGCGCUCGCAGCAGAGAAUGGUCACCAAAGUGUGGUCGGCCUAUUGUUGGAAAAGAAAACGAUCGACCCUGACUCUAAAACUCCUUCCGGGCAGACGCCGCUAUCUUUAGCGGCGCAGCGUGGACACAUUGAAGUUGUCAAAACUUUGCUCAGUACGAACUGUGUUGAUCCGCUCAGCAGGGGCUCUGAUGGACAUACAGCCCUAUCGCUUGCAGCCCAGAAUUUCCAUCCAGACGUUGUCGAGCUUCUCCAGUUACAUGCAUCGGUCUAG